UACGUUGUUUAUGAAUGAUGUCAAACAAAUUGUCAGUUUUCGAGUGUUUUGUUUUGUCGACAAAAAUGUCGGACAAAAGGUAUGACACUUCAGGUGACAGAAGUGAUGACAAACACGAAGAUUACCACCAAUUGAGACACAGUGAUGAACAAUUGACCGCCGAAGACAAGUUGGUGACUAUGGACGUGAAUGUCGGUCACAAUAGUGGUAAUCACAAGAAGUCACACAAAAGUAAACAUAAGAAACAUAAAAAAGAUGAAUCCAGUCAUCAAAACAAACAUUCAAAACAUUCAAAGAAAUCGAAAAAAGAUAAAAAAGACAAAGAAAAGGAUAAGAAAGAUAUGGACCCAUUGGUGGCCAAAGAGGACGAAGAAUUACGUGAACUAAUUAAACAAAAGAAAAUAUUAGAAGAAAAGCUUAGACAAGAGGAACUAAAACAAGACAUUUGUGUCGACGAUUCAAAGUCUAGUCAUUUGAAGACCAGAAACGAUGAAGAAAAUGAUACAAAUGGUCAGCGAAUGAAUGGUUUUAAUAAAGAGUCAAAAUUAAAGGACAAGAAAUUAAAUGAAUCGAAAGUCACUAAAGAAAUACCUCUUUUGGAAAUAAGUGAAAGAAAAAGAAAAUCAACGACUGAUUUGAGUAAAAGUGAUAAACACUUGAAAAAUGAUGAAAAAUCUUUGAAAACAGAAAAUAAAACGAAAAUUGUUUCAAAAGAAAUUUUGAAAACGAAAGACAGUCGAAGUGAUAGAGAAACCACUAAUAAUAGCUUUAGAGAGAAAUCUACUCUUAAAUCUAAAUCAAGUGAUAAUCUAAACCUCAAUGAAAAUAAAAGACAUUCCGUUGAUAGACAUCAUAGUAGAAGAAGCAGAAGUCGUUCUUAUGAACGACAGAGGCGGCAGACUCCAGAUAAAUGUGACAGAAAUAGAUUUGAUAGAAUCAAUCGAUUUGAUAGAUCUCAUGAAGAUAAAGAUGGUAACAGAAAUAGAAGACACCAUAAUAGUAGAAAAACUCGAUCACCACUUAAUCACGACAGAGAUAGAGAUAAAGAGAGAGAACGCGAUAGGGAUAGACUGCUUAGAGAUAGGGAUCGAAAUUUAAGACGAAGUCGCGAUCGAGACAGAGAACGGGAUGAACGCAUAAGAAGUAGAGAUCGAGAAAGAGAUCGCGAAAGAGAGAGAGAUCGUCACCAAAGAGGUUACGAUAGAAAUGUAAAAAAGUCCGGUUCAAGACAUUAUGACAAAUAUACAAACGAGUCAUUUGGAGACAAAACCAAUGAUGACUCGACUUCUGAUGAAUCAAAUAAUUUGUAUGACGUAGACAUUAAUGAAGAUGAAAAUGAAGAGCAAGAGAUUGAAAGACGAAGAAAACAAAGGCAAGAGUUAUUGCAGAAAUUGGGCUCAUCUUUAGGUAAAUCAAAUGAAUUUAAUGAAACAUCAAAUUCAGGUUUUUCUUCGUAUCAAAACUCGCCGACAAAAGAAGAGACGGACACUUCAGACAAACUUUCUCUAAGUAUUGCUGACGAAGACUCACGACUUGAAGCCUUCGACGAGAUAUCAAAACAUAAAGAAUUAGAAGAACAGUUGCAAAAUGAUACUGAUUUGGAUCCGUCAAGUGAUGUUAAAGUGGAACCUAAAAGAAAACAGGUCGACAUGUUUGCUGAUUUAGAUGUCUAUUGUGAUGAUUAUAAUUCUCCGUCCGAACAAAACCACUUCAAAACAUCUGGUGUCGACAAUCCGUCCCUCAAUGACAACUGGGAUGACGCCGAAGGAUAUUAUCGUAUAAGAAUUGGUGAAAUACUUGACGGCCGAUAUUCAGUAUAUGGUUAUACAGGUCAGGGAGUGUUUAGUAAUGUAGUUCGCGCUCGAGAUAAGGCUCGUUCACAACAAGACGUUGCCGUUAAGAUCAUUAGGAAUAAUGAUAUAAUGCAUAAAACUGGUCUCAAAGAGUUGGAAUUUCUGAAAAAAUUGAAUGACACGGAUCCGGAUGACAAAUAUCAUUGUUUACGUUUGUUUAGACAUUUUUACCAUAAAAAUCAUUUGUGUUUAGUCUUUGAGUCUCUUUCUAUGAAUUUGCGCGAAAUUCUCAAAAAGUAUGGAAAGGAUGUCGGACUGCAUAUAAAAGCUGUUCGUUCAUAUAGUCAUCAGUUAUUUAUGGCUUUAAAAUUAUUAAAAAGAUGUAAUAUUUUGCACGCAGACAUCAAACCCGAUAAUAUUUUGGUAAAUGAAAAUAAAUUAAGUUUAAAAUUAUGCGAUUUUGGUUCGGCCUCUGAUGCUAAUGACUGUGACAUAACUCCAUAUUUAGUGAGCCGUUUCUAUAGAGCACCUGAAUUAAUAUUGGGACAGCCAUAUGACUUUAGUAUCGAUUUGUGGUCUGUGGGCUGUACUUUGUAUGAGUUAUAUUGUGGAAAAAUUAUGUUUUCCGGUAAAUCAAAUAAUCAAAUGCUUAAAUUUUUUAUGGACCUCAAGGGAAGAAUGAAUAACAAAUUUGUGAGAAGAGGACGCUUUAAGGACCAACACUUCGACCAUAACUGUAAUUUCCUCUAUCAAGAGGUCGACAAAGUCACUGAAAAAGAGAAAAUUGUCGUUAUAUCAAACAUACAGCCAAUUCGCGAUUUAAAUACCGAAUUAAUGGCCGGUCAGACAUUGAAUGAUACAGAGCUCAGAAAGGUUACACAAUUGAAAGAUUUGUUAGAAAAGAUCCUUAUGUUAGAUCCGAGCAAACGUUUGUCUAUAACACAAGCACUCACUCAUCCAUUUAUUACCGAUAAGAUGUGAUAACAGAAUUUAAUUGAAACAUAAGAAACAUAAUUCUGUUGUUUUCAUCUGACUAUUGAAUAAGUUUUGUGGACUUUAAAGACGUGUUUUGAAUCCAAAAAAAAAGUUAUUUGAAACCUAGAGUUUGUUAUUAUAUUGAUUGUACUAUUAAUCGUUUAAAACUAUAUAUUUAUUGUACAGACAACUAAAGCAAUUAAUUUUGUAAAUAAAUUAUCGUUCAUUUCAUUGCGCUAUUUGUUAGGUUUUGUCUGACAAUCAUGUAAUGGACUAUCGAUUAUGUCAACAAAAAUACAAAUGAUUUGUAUUUUUAAUGAAUGAUUGAUUGAUUGUAAUGAUGCUGUUGUGAUGUAAUCAAGAACUUAUAAGAAAGUGGUAAUAAUUGAUUCAAAUUAACCCCAUUUGAGAAUAUAUUUAUUUAAUAAUAAAAGCCAAUUAAAUAAAUUUUAUUUUGAUCCCCAUUAUAA